CGGGUUAAGUAUUUUGAAGCUCAAUCUUGUUUUGAUAAUUAAUUGGAGUAGUUCAAAUUUUAGCUUUAUUACUUGAUAUUAAUUUGAACCGACUUUUAGUAAUUUCCGAGUCAAUCCGAGUAGUUGACGAGUUAGCUCAGCAGGAUUGCACCUUUAAUUUACCUAUUCUAAUCAAUCUUAUAAUUCUUCUAGUAAAUUGCUCAAAGUCUUGAAUGUAGAAGAAGCAGUGUGAUUCGGUGAUGUGUUAAUUGAUAAAUUAGGAACUUGACACAUGUUUACAAAAUUACAACACAUGUCUAGCUACUGACACUGAAGCGUUCGUGCGACUCACACGUGGCCUGGAGCUGUCGUACUCAUCUUCUCUACACUUAGCUUACGCACUACUAUAAAACCUUAACUUGAUCAGCUUCUCAUUACUCUAUAUGCAUCUUCAGUUAUCUGUAAACUAUUACACAUUUUAUUAAAGCUAAUGGCAUCUAAACGACAGUCUGGGCGGUUGUUGGUUUGGGUCGGGGUGGUGACGGUGGUUAUGCUAUUCAUAAGCUGCAGCUGCUCGAGCGUGGACCAUAUGCCAUCCACAACCGGGGAAAGUGAAGAUUUUAAUAAGGUAAAGGAAAAUACAGAGACGUGGACCGAAUGGGCUAAGGAGAAGAUCUCCGAAACUAUAGGGCGUAAGCAAGACGAAGCCAUGGAUGCUGCUAACAAAGCUUCUCAUGCAACUGCUGAUACUGCUAAGACAGCUAAAGACAAAGCUUCUGAAAAAGGCGAAGACGUGAAGGAGAAGGCGAAAGAAGCCGCAAAGAAGGCCAGCGAUAUGGGCCAAGCGGCUAAAGACAAGGCAGCUGAAAUGACUAAUGCUGCCAAGGAGAAGUUGCGGGAAGCAGCCGACAGAGUUAGCGAUGCUGUAGAAAGAGGGAAAGAGGAGGCGCACGAAGCCCAGAAAAGGGCGUCUGAUGAAGCGGCGGAGGCGAAGGAGAAGGCGUACGGAAAGGGCGAGGAAGCAAAAGAGACGGCCAAGGAAAAAACACAGCAGGUGAAAGAGACUGCGGAAGAAGAGAUGAAGCGGGCUAAACAGAAAGUGAAGGAGAAAACUGGUAGUGACGAAGAGCUUUGAAUUACUUCAACUAAAUAAUAACUCCAAUGUUGUGUCUUUUUGUGUUAAAUCAGCCUGGUUGUAUUUUGUGAUGUAAUUACGUUUGUAUGAUAAACAAAAGGUUUCUGAUAAAAUCAAAAUAUUAAUUCUACUGUAGAUUUUGUGAUCUGAAAUAGUAUGGAAGGAUUCAUCAAACUGGUGAAAACGUUUGGGUGUAUCAACACAUUGACAUCAAAUGUUUGUUCUCUAUUGUUUUGCAA